AUGGCCAUUCAGGAUGUCGUCAGCAUUGUUCCUUUUGAUAGCGAGGUACAGAAGAAGCCUUUGACGGGGCAAACCAUAGCCAAGACAGGUGAAGACGGUAGCGUUGAGGUUGAGUUAGACACUCAGGACGUGGAGGCAGAUAGCCGAGUGUUCAUCACGGCCACUUGGAUGGUACGUGCGGGGGAAGGGGUUGCGCUCGUUAAGGAUACGCUUGUGCUCUGUAUAGGU